CCACCGCCGCCGCCGCCUCCCCGCGCUGCUCGGGGCGCCGCGGCCCUUCCCCGCGCCGGGCCGCAGGGCGCGGCCUACCCGGCGGCCCGGCCUGAGGCGCAGCCCCGCGGCGGGGCGGGGGCGGCGGCGCCCCGAGCAUCCCGUAGUGGUGCUUGAGAAAGACAGGCUGAAGGACUUGUUUUAAGGAAAACACCCCCUCGCAGGUGAGCGUUGGUGAAAAUGGGGGAUACAAGAGACAUCUGUCCUCACCUGGAUUCCAUAGGAGAGGUGACCAGGGAUGAUCUGCUGCUCAAAUCCAAGGGAACUUGCCAGUCUUGUGGAGCUGUGGGACCAAAUCUCUGGGCUUGUCUUCAGAUUGGUUGUCCUUAUGUUGGUUGUGGGGAGUCCUUUGCUGACCACAGCACACUUCAUGCACAGGCCAAAAAGCACAACCUGACGGUGAAUCUGACCACUUUCCGUGUCUGGUGUUAUGCUUGUGAAAAGGAGGUGUUCUUGGACCAGCGGCUGGCAGCGCACACGCAGUCACCACCAGUAAAGUUCACUGAACCGGAUUCUCCAUUGCCUGCUCACCCUUUGAAAGCUGUUCCAAUUGCAGUGGCUGAUGAAGGGGAAUCUGAAUCAGAGGAUGACGAUUUGAAACCAAGAGGCCUUACUGGAAUGAAAAAUCUUGGGAACUCCUGCUACAUGAAUGCAGCACUUCAGGCUCUCUCUAACUGCCCACCUCUCACACAGUUUUUUCUCGAGUGUGGUGGACUGGUCCGUACAGAUAAGAAACCAGCACUGUGCAAAAGUUACCAGAAGUUGGUGUCUGAGGUUUGGCAUAAGAAACGCCCGAGUUAUGUUGUUCCAAGCAGUCUAUCCCAUGGAAUUAAACUCGUCAACCCCAUGUUCCGAGGCUAUGCACAGCAGGACACUCAGGAGUUCCUGCGGUGUCUGAUGGAUCAGCUUCAUGAAGAACUGAAGGAACCAAUUGUUGCAGAGACGAGGGAUUUGGAUACCAGUGACCAGGACGACAAGCGAGACGGUGACCGAAGUCCUUCGGAGGAUGAGUUCCUCUCCUGUGACUCAAGCAGUGACAGGGGUGAAGGAGAUGGUCAAAGUCGGACCACAGGGGGCAUGGGCAGCAGCUCCCUGGCAGAGACGGAGUUGUUGAUCCAGGAUGAAGCAGGGAGAGGGAUCUCCGAGAAGGAGAGGAUGAAGGACAGAAAGUUCUCCUGUGGCCAUCGGCGCAGCAACUCAGAGCAGGUGGAUGAGGAUGCAGAUGUUGAUACUACUAUGAUGCCAGUUGAUGGUAGAGCCUCACCUGAGACGCUGCCAGCUCCCCGUCCUGCCAGCCCGUGUAGGACACCAGAACCUGACAAUGAUGCCUACGUGCGCUGCUCCUCACGCCCCUGCAGUCCAGUCCAUCAUGAAAUGCACUCCAAACUCUCUAGCAGUCCUCCUCGCUCUAGUCCUGCUAGGCUUGGACCUUCCUACGUACUCAAGAAAGCCCAGAUGCAGGCUUCUGGGAAAAAGAAGAAAGAACUUCGUUAUCGCAGUGUGAUUUCUGACAUCUUUGAUGGCUCCAUUCUCAGCCUGGUGCAGUGCCUCACCUGCGACAGAGUUUCUACGACAGUGGAGACAUUCCAGGACCUGUCACUCCCAAUCCCAGGGAAGGAGGACUUGGCCAAGCUGCACUCUGCCAUCUACCAAAAUGUGCCAGCUAAGACAGGGGCAUGUGGGGACAACUAUGCCUCACAAGGCUGGAUUGCUUUCAUCAUGGAGUAUAUCCGGAGAUUUGUGGUGUCCUGUAUCCCUAGCUGGUUUUGGGGUCCUGUUGUGACGCUGGAGGAUUGUCUUGCUGCCUUUUUUGCAGCAGAUGAGUUGAAGGGGGACAACAUGUACAGUUGUGAACGGUGUAAAAAAUUGCGGAAUGGAGUAAAGUACUGCAAAGUCCUCCGGCUACCAGAGAUUCUUUGCAUCCACUUGAAACGGUUCCGGCAUGAGGUGAUGUAUUCCUUCAAGAUCAACAGUCAUGUCUCCUUCCCUUUGGAAGGGCUGGAUCUGCGACCUUUUCUAGCCAAGGAGUGUGUCUCCCAGAUCACCACCUAUGAUCUCCUGUCAGUCAUCUGUCACCAUGGCACCGCAGGCAGUGGGCAUUAUAUAGCCUACUGCCAGAAUGUGAUCAAUGGCCAGUGGUAUGAGUUUGAUGACCAGUAUGUCACUGAAGUCCAUGAGACCGUGGUACAGAAUGCAGAAGCCUACGUCUUGUUCUACAGGAAGAGCAGUGAAGAAGCUGUGCGAGAGCGUCAGAAAGUUGUGUCCCUUGCCAGCAUGAAGGAGCACAGUUUACUGCAGUUCUACAUCUCUCGAGAGUGGCUCAAUAAAUUCAACACCUUUGCUGAGCCUGGUCCCAUCACCAAUCACACCUUUCUCUGCUCUCAUGGAGGGAUCCCUCCUAAUAAAUAUCACUACAUCGAUGACCUGGUUGUGAUUCUGCCCCAGAACGUGUGGGAGUAUCUCUACAACAGGUUUGGGGGCGGCCCUGCUGUGAACCAUCUGUACGUGUGCUCGAUUUGCCAAGUGGAGAUUGAAGCACUUGCCAAACGCAGGAGAAUCGAAAUCGACACCUUCAUCAAGCUGAACAAGGCUUUCCAGGCAGAGGAGUCUCCAAACGUCAUCUACUGUAUCAGCAUGCAGUGGUUCCGUGAGUGGGAAGCCUUUGUCAAGGGGAAGGAUAAUGAGCCUCCCGGACCAAUUGACAACAGCAAGAUUGCACUCACGAAAGCAGGUGGCCACGUGCAAGUUAAGCAGGGUGCUGACUACGGGCAGAUUUCUGAGGAGACGUGGAUUUAUUUAAGCACGCUGUACGGAGGGGGCCCUGAGAUUGCCAUCAGGCAGAAUGUGGCCCAGGUCCAAGAAUUGGAAAACCUACAUGGGGAGCAGAAGAUUGAAGCAGAGACGCGGGCUGUGUGAUCUGUGCAGGAUGGGGCAGGGAAGGUAUGGCACAGAUACAUCCGUGUGGGGACGGAAGGCUGGGGAAUGCUGAGGAGUCAAACCUUCCGUUGUCUGGUACUCGAAGGUGCGUGCAGCUCCCACCACCACUUCUGGGGAAGGCAGGUUUUCUCUGCCCUCCUUUCGUGUGGCUUUGAAUGUAGGGGUGGUGCUGAGCAAGACUGGGAGAAAAUCAGCUUCUGUGUAAUUCAUCUCUGGAUAAUGCCGUGGUAGGAGACUGCAGCCAAACUUCACUAGGACAUGUUUUGACCCAGGCCCUCUCCUUUUGUUUGCUUACAAGAAACCGGCGCUCCCAGCUUGCCCCCAGUGAACUGAGUUUCUCUGCUCCUUUGCAGGUUUUGCUUUUGGCACUUCUUUUUAACUCAAAUGUAUAAAGACAAUGAAACAUUAUUUAUGUUUCCAGCGGGCAGUGUUGCAACUAGAGAAACCUGUUAUCUGAAGCUGACUAAAGCCACAAGGUCUCCCAGUAGUUUUGUGCUGGUGAUGCACAGCUGUCACAACUUCAUAGUUUUGCUUUUUAUCCAAUUCUUGCAAAUCAGUUGCAGUCAACUAAGAAAUUUUGAAAGAGGCCAUUUCUUUCUCCCCUAGCCCCUAAAGCCACACCUUCACAGUCCUGCAGAAUUUUUUUCUCCUUGUAUCUGAUUUCACGCAUUCGGCACGUUUUCAGAGAACAAAGCUGGAAGAUGAGUCCUCCUUCCCAAUGGCUUCCCACUGUACUCUUUCCAUGGAAGCUCCCGGUAGCUUUGUAGCUGUGGGAUGCAGCCUUCCAGGUGGUUAACUCACAGGGGUGGUACACGAACAGCUUAAACUUAGAGCUGUUAACGGGCAGGUUUCGUUGGAGUGCGACACAGGACAACUCUGACGCAAGCUUUAGGACUUGGUUCAUAACCCCAUUCUCGGACUGACCCUGCUGUAAGCCUGGAUCUGUCCCCACGUCUGGCACGAGAAGCAACGGGGGUGUGAAGGAUGAGGAGGAGGAGCCCGUUUGUUCGCCCAGAGCCUAUUCAGAUGGGUCACCCUCGGACAGGGCGGUAAUUCAGUGCUGGGGAAGGGGCCUGACUGAGCUGGCCCCUGGCUGUUGAAGCAGUUUUUUAGGAAUGAGCUGCUUUCUGCAAACAAGCCCCUACCUGUGUACUGAGGUCAUUCCAGCUUCUCAACACAGAUGUCGUUUGUGUAUACAGUGGCUCAUUUAAUGAACAGAAAUAACUUGCUCCCCAAUCUACUGCCACUAAUGCAGCCAAGGAGCAUCUGCUAGCAGGCAGUGGAGAGAGGAACAAAGACAAAAAAGGCUAAACACUACUUUUCUCAGCAGGGCUAUUCUUAAAAGUUCUUCAUUCAUCUCGUAAGCCAGAAAGGCAAUAGUGAAAUCUUUUUAAGUGUUUGAGUGCAAUUUAAUGGAAGCAGAGCAAGGCAGGGGUGGCUUCUCAUGGGCUGAGGAACCAAACUGUGUGUUCAUGGUGCUGGAACCUGAAUGAUUCCACAGCAUCGAGUCUGGCCUUGGUGGUACCAGGCUCAGCGUGGGGCUGGGACCUCUUGAGCACCUCACGGGGCGGGGGGGGAAGGGGGGGGGAAGAGGCUGCUCUUUGACUUACUUAGCAUUAGAAAGUGGGAAAGGGUGUAGGACAGGAGAAUUUCAAAAGAAAAAUGUGGCCUUCAGAUUUUUUUUUAGACCAAAUGUUUGCUGCAAACAGCAACUUCUUAUUUUAAAAAGUGUCUAUGAAUUGUUCAGCAUGUUAAUUUUACUAUCCUGUUUAUUGGACGCUUGUAUAUACCCAGCCAGGCCCAAGGGGAGGUCAGAGAAUGAGCCACUGUUGGGAUUUCUCAUUGUUCUAAGCUGUCGUUGUUAGCCACUGCAGCUGCCUUCCAAUCUGCUGCAGAGCCUGUAGGGCUGCAUGUCUGUGUUGUCCGUGCCGUUCAGAGGAUGCUGUACAGAUUGUAAUACACUCCUGUGCUUAAGUGUUAUACUUUGUGCUGAAAAUGUGUUACAAUAAAUACAUGUGCAUUCAA